AGUCGCUCACAGUUUGCAUUUAAGAUCGGUCGAGUGAGGAAGUUUAUUUGAGAUUUUAAGCAUUGAAAGUGAUAAAAAAGAAGUUUAAGAUAAAAAUCACCAAAAUGCAAAAAGUAUUUGCAUUUAUCAUCAAGUCAACGCUCUAUGUUGUCACAUUUGUGUACGAUGUCGUAACAUUUCCAAUUUACUUUAUAGUUCAACGUCCAUGGAAGACAUUAAGUUUAUCGAGACGCAACAAGGCAAAAUGCAUCAGUGCAAGCGACACCGAAAUAACUUACAAAUCCACAAACCGCAUCGGAGUUCAACACAGCCUUCUCCUUCGUGAGAACAUCGACACCCUCGAAAAAAUGUUUUCAUUUGUCACGAAAGUUCACAAAACUAAAAACUGUCUUGGAACUAGAACAGUUCUCGAAGAGCACGAAGAAGUCCAAACAGAUGGAAAAGUCAUAAAAAAGUACAUCAUGGGCAGCUAUAAAUGGCGAAGUUUUCGUGAUGCUGAACUUGAAGCUCAAUAUUUUGGACGAGGUGUUCGUGAACUUGGUGUGAUUCCUCGCGAACGAGUUGCAAUUUUUGCUGAGACUCGUGCUGAGUGGAUGAUUGCUGCUCAGGGAUUGUUUAAGCAUAGCUGUGGAGUUGCGACGAUUUAUGCGACACUUGGCGAGGAUGGAAUUACUCAUGCAAUUAAUCAGACUGAAGUUUCUGUUGUUAUUACGUCACACGAUUUGAUGCCAAAGUUAAAGAAUGUCAUUAAGACAGUUCCUAAGAUCACAACUGUGAUUUACUUUGAGGAUCCAUUGAGUUCGACUGAUGUUAAGGGAAUGGGUGAUGUGAAAGUGUUUGGGUACAAUGAGGUUGUGGAGAUCGGCAAGGCUAGCAAUUUUGAAAGCACACCACCAACGAAAGACGAUGUUGCCAUAAUCAUGUUUACAUCUGGGUCGACGGGCACACCCAAAGGAGUUGUUCUAUCGCACAAUAACUUAAUUUCCUGUAUGAAGGGCUUCCUUGAUUGUAUUCAACCACUUCCAACCGACAUGAUCCUCGGAUUCCUCCCACUUGCCCAUUCCUUCGAGCUCCUUAUCGAGUCAACUGCGAUGCUCGCUGGCGUUCCAAUUGGAUACUCAACUCCACUAACUCUAAUCGACAGCAGCCCAAAAAUAGCAAAAGGACAAGUUGGUGAUGCAAAAAUCUUAAAACCAACAGCAAUGGCCAUCGUUCCAUUAAUCAUGGACAGAAUAAUUAAAGGCAUGAAUGAUAAAAUCAACAGCGGAAGCAUCAUUCAAAAGACAAUAUUUAAUUUUGCAUAUAAUUACAAGAAGAGAUGGUAUUACAGAGGUUAUCAGACUCCAUUAACUGACCGAAUAGUCUUUAAAAAGAUUGGAGAACUGAUGGGUGGACAAAUGAGAGGAAUGAUUGGUGGUGGAGCUCCAUUAUCACCGGAAACACAUGAAAGAGUCAAGUUCUGCCUCAAUGUUAUUAUGCUACAAGGUUAUGGAUUAACGGAGACAUCAGCAGGCGCAACAGCACCGGAUGAAUUUGACAUAUCUGUUGGACGAUGUGGUGGUCCACUGACAACAACAUUAAUACGACUCGUUAACUGGGAAGAGGGAAAUUAUUAUGUGACAAAUAAGCCAAAUCCACAAGGGGAAGUGCUUAUCGGUGGCAGUUGUGUUGCGGUUGGAUAUUAUAAAAUGCCACAAGAGACUGAAGAGAACUUCUUUGAUGAGAAUGGUGUGAGGUGGAUGAGAAGUGGAGAUAUUGGAGAGAUGCAGCCAGAUGGAAGCUUGAAAAUCAUUGACCGCAAGAAGGACCUCGUCAAACUCCAACAUGGUGAAUACCUCUCACUAGGAAAAAUAGAAUCAGAGCUCAAAACGUGCCCAAUUGUUGAGAACAUCUGCAUCUAUGCUGACUCAACAAAGACUUACUGUAUGGCACUCGUACAACCAGUUGAAAAAGCUGUGACAACAAUCGGAACUAAACUUGGUCUAACUCUUCAAUACGAGGAACUUUGUAAACACAAAAGUGUCAUUCAAGCAGCUCUCAAGUCAAUUGCUGAUCAUGGUCGAGCACAUGGACUGAAUAAAUUUGAAAUUCCAUCAAAGAUUGCAAUGUGCACAGAUCUGUGGACACCUGACUCGGGAUUGGUUACUGCGGCUUUUAAGAUUAAGAGAAAGGAGAUUGUGACGAAGUACAAAAAGGAGAUUUCGGAGCUUUAUGUGUAAAAAAAAGUGAGGUUAUGUAAUAAUUUUUGUAAAUUUUGAGGUUAUGAUGAAUAAAAUGAUGUAAAAUUGUGUAAAACUGA